GAACAGGGAGAUCAGAGAAAGAGAAAGGGCCACGAGGGCAGAUUCCCGUGACAGUCUGUAUGUUGCUGUGUCUUUCAUACUAACUCAUAUCAUAAUAACAUAUACUCACACGCACAACACUCACUCUCUUCUCUCUCACACACUGCUCCCUGCCAAAUCUGCCGGCCGUCAUAUUCACCGGACGACAUGGAUUCCGUCAUUGAAUCCGCCUGGAAGUAUUUGAUCACUCACUUCAGUGACUUUCAGCUGGCUUGUAUUGGAAGUUUCCUCCUUCAUGAAAGUGUCUUUUUCUUGUCAGGGCUUCCGUUUAUCUAUCUCGAAAGGGCUGGUUGGCUAAGCAAGUACAAAAUUCAGAUGAAAAACAAUACUGCUGAAGCUCAGGAGAAAUGCAUUAGUCGUCUCUUGCUAUAUCAUUUCUGUGUCAACCUACCAGUUAUGCUUGUCUCGUAUCCAGUGUUCAGAUCCAUGGGAAUGAGAAGCAGUCUGCCAUUGCCGUCCUGGAAAGUAGUGUCUACACAGAUAUUCUUCUACUUUAUCAUAGAGGAUUUUAUAUUCUAUUGGGGUCACAGGGUUUUACAUACAAAAUGGUUGUACAAGCAUGUCCACAGUGUUCAUCACGAGUAUGCAACACCCUUUGGACUGACUUCAGAAUAUGCUCACCCUGCUGAAAUACUGUUUCUUGGUUUUGCCACGAUUGUUGGUCCUGCUAUCACUGGACCCCAUUUAAUAACUCUGUGGUUGUGGAUGGUAGUAAGAGUCCUAGAGACCGUGGAAGCACAUUGUGGUUACCACUUUCCAUGGAGCAUUUCAAAUUUUCUGCCACUAUAUGGCGGGGCUGAUUUCCAUGACUAUCAUCACCGUCUUCUGUAUACCAAGUCCGGCAAUUACUCGUCUACUUUCGUUUACAUGGACUGGAUAUUUGGUACUGAUAAGGGUUACAGAAAGCUGAAGGCUGUUAAGAGUAGUGAAGAUGAGAUUGAUGCCAAGCAAAUGUAAUUUGGUAUAUGACCAGCAUCAAUUGAAAACUAGAGCAUCCUUGUAAUGGGCAUCGGUUACAUUGUUCGUAAUUGCUUUACAUUUAUGUUCUAGUCUCUUUGUGUUUCCUUUGGAGUUGGAUCAAAGCUUGUUUUAAAUGAUUGUUUUUGUAUCCAAGUUCAGUGUUAGUGAGUUCUCUUUUAUCA